UACCUCACUUUGUGAAAAUUGCUUGCUCGGCUUUGGUUUCUUUUCCGUUAAAAAAGACAGUGCGGAGGAAGGGAGCAUUUUGGGAGAGAAGCAAGCCCUUCUUCGGGUUGUCCCUCUUACUGAUUUUGAGGACGUUUGGAGGGGAAAUCCCAAUUUGGAUUUCCUCUUUGAUCUCUUGGAAUCCCUCGAGAUCCAAUUUGUAUGCGAAAAAUGGCGUGGUAGGAGGGGUUUGGGUUCGACUUCUGGCGCUGGGAUCCGGAAAUUCCUUCUCGGUCGUCGUCGAAAUCGUCCAAAAUUUGGCUCUGGAAGCCUGAAAGCCCUUUUUCGUAGAACGAGAUUUCGUAAAACCUGUGAAGCAUUUGGUUGCUGGUUGAGGACGAGCCUUGUAAUUUGACAUGAGCGUUGGUGAUUGCCGUUUUCUUUGAAGCCCCUUUCGGAUCUUUGAAUUUCAUCUGAAUUGUGGGGGAUUUGGUUUUGUGGAUACCAGAACUCGUUGAAAUUUGUGAUUUUUUGGGGGAUUGACUUGAUUUGGAGGUAGGAGAUCAUGGGGAAUUGAGUGGAGGGUUCUCUUUCUUCAUCUAAAGUGGUUUUCCAAUGGCUGGAGAGGAUUUGAUUGAGGUCAAAUUUAGGCUCUUUGAUGGCACCGACAUCGGGCCCAACAAAUAUGAUCCUUCGACCACUGUAACAUCUCUCAAAGAAAAUAUUCUGGCUCGAUGGCCUCAAGACAAAGAAAUUGCUCCAAAAACAAUAAAUGAUUUGAAGCUUAUCCAUGCGGGGAAAAUAUUGGAGAACAACCGGACUCUUGCUGAAUCCAGGGUAUCAGUGGGAGAGAUUCCAGGUGGUGUAAUAACUAUGCAUGUUGUUGUGCGGCCUCCCCUACCUGAUAAAAAUAAUGUUUUCUACAGAGAAACAGCUUGCGAAUGCCCCAAAGCAGAACAGAUGCGCAUGCACUAUCCUGUGAUACCGGUUUCUAGCUCCCUUGACCGUCUUCAGUCGGCUCUUUGGAGUAAAUGUCUUUACUGUUAAUUGAUUAGCUGGCUGCAAAAAUUCAGCCCAAUGGCAUUGCUCUUGCUCCAUGAUCUGGAAGGAUCUCCUAUACCUGAUGCCGAUAGGUCUUCUUUUCUCUGUGGCUAGAAGUUUGCUAAGAUUCUGGGGUUCAGCCCAUUUGAUUGUGCUGCAGGAAUUGGAAGCAUGUUGUGGUUGUAUAAGUAGGAGUUUUGAAGAAAAGAACUUCUUGUUGCUACUUUGCUAUGAUGUUGGUAUCAUUGAAUGAUUCUUUUUGAAGUAUCACUUCAGUUUAUGAGAAUCCCUCAUUUUCUUUCA